AUGGCACUGCGCAUCGGACCCGUCUUCCGCGGCAACACACCCAGCAACCCCUACCCCCUCGACAGCGACCACGAUCCAGGCCAAGAAAUCACCCUCACCAUCGCCAUCGCCAUCUCGGACCCCUACCCCUCCUCCUCCUCCUCCACCACCUCCUCCAAACCCCUCCUCACGUUCGAACGCAAACUCCUCAGGAAGGACCUCCCCACCAAACUCUGGUGCACCCACAUCUGCGAAAAAGAAAGCGAUGGUUGCUCAGGAGGGCAAUGUUUCUGGAUUUUCACGGGGCUGUUGGAUAAGAUCAAGAGAAAGCUUUCCCCGGAGUCGUGGGAACAGAUCAAGUUGAAUCUUUCCCAUGACAGAACUGCGAAGGGCGUUAAAAUGACAGGUUGGGCGAGAAUCGCCACGGAGAAUUGGUUCAAGCAGUACUAUGCGAUUACAUUUGAGGACGAUUACUGGCGUUACUAUGGGGAGGAGGCUAGGAGAAAGAUUGAGGAGGCAAGGAGGAAGUAG